UUUUCCUGUCGGGGUCGGCGUGUCGCGUGUGCAUAGCAGCAUAGCUUUCUGGCUAUAUACAUAUAAAUCAUAUACACCUAUAUAUCUCUUCGUAUAUACAGCGCAUAUCAGGCGUGCGCGCUGUUUGCUGGCCCUGGGAAAAAAGAAGUGCGCGCGUAUGUGAAGCGAGACGACGACACCGAAAGUCCGAACCGAACGAACCGAGCGACUGUGGUGUGGCUGAGCGCGCGGCGGAAUCCGAUACAGGAGGCUCAUGAACUUUUUCGUUUGAUAAGUACUUGUCGCCUCGCAGCAGUUGAAGAACGCAACCAACAAUGUCAAGUGGACCAGCACACAAGUACCGCUACAAGAAUGUGGGUUUGGACUCGCAGGAACUCAGAAGAAGGAGGGAGGAAGAGGGUGUACAAUUGAGAAAACAGAAAAGGGAACAACAACUGUCAAAGAGGCGUAAUGUUCCUAAUAUUGUCACCGAUGAUGACGGGGUGUCUAUCACCGAAGACUAUACGGUGCCAACACCAAUCAUGCAAGCACCUGGUAUUACUCAAGACAUGGUAGAAGCAUUGUACAGUCAAGAUGUAAAUGAACAAUUAACAGCAACUCAAAAAUUCAGAAAACUUCUGUCUAAAGAACCAAAUCCACCGAUAGAUGAAGUCAUACAAACAGGAAUUGUACCUAGAUUUGUAGAAUUCCUCAAAAAUGAUACCAAUUGUACAUUACAGUUCGAGGCUGCCUGGGCAUUAACGAAUAUAGCUAGUGGAACUUCUCUGCAAACUCGCAUGGUGGUUGAUGCAGGUGCAGUGCCUAUGUUUAUAGCAUUGCUUAGUUCUGAAUAUGAAGAUGUUCAAGAGCAGGCAGUAUGGGCUUUAGGCAAUAUAGCAGGAGACAGUCCAGCAUGCAGAGAUCAUGUUUUAUCUAGUGGUAUCUUGCCCCCUCUUCUUGUGCUUCUUUCAAAACCAGCGCGUUUAACCAUGACGCGAAAUGCAGUGUGGGCACUAUCGAAUUUAUGCAGAGGAAAGGAACCAGCACCAGAUUUUCAAAAAGUUGCACCAUGUUUGCCAGUUCUUGCAUAUCUCUUAAAUCAUCAAGAUGCUGAUGUUUUGGCUGAUGCUUGUUGGGCCCUUUCUUACAUAAGCGAUGGACCAAAUGAAAAAAUUCAAGCUGUUAUAGAUGCUGGAGUAUGCCGACGUCUUGUUGAACUGUUAAUGCAUGAACAACAUAAUGUUACAAGUGCUGCAUUACGAGCUGUUGGUAACAUUGUAACUGGUGACGAUAUGCAAACUCAAGUCGUCUUGAACUGUUCAGCAUUAACUUGCUUAUUACAUUUGCUUGGGCAAUCACGAGAAAGUAUCCGUAAAGAAGCUUGUUGGACGGUAUCUAAUAUUACUGCUGGAAACCCACAACAAAUACAGGCUGUUAUAGAUGCCAAAAUUUUCCCAGUUAUAAUUGACAUUUUGGGUAAAGCUGAGUUCAAAACGCGUAAAGAAGCUGCCUGGGCUAUAACCAAUGCCACAAGUGGAGGAACAGCAGAUCAGAUUCGAUACUUAGCCGAUCAAAAUUGUAUUCCUCCAUUGUGUGAAUUGUUAACAGUAAUGGACGCAACGAUUAUUCAAGUCGCAUUGAAUGGUUUAGAAAAUAUUUUACGCCUUGGAGAACAAGAUGCAGUCCAUCAUAAUGGAGUUAAUCCAUACUGCGUUCUUAUUGAACAAUGUUUCGGCCUAGAUAAGAUAGAAUUUUUACAAUCUCAUCAAAAUUUGGAAAUUUACCAAAAAGCCUUCGACAUCAUUGAGCGUUACUUUGGCUCGGAAGAGGAGGAUUCAAAAAUUGCUCCAUCAGUUGAUUCUCAGGGACAACAAUUUCAAUUUCCCGCACCUGAUUCUUCUCAAUUACCAGUUCAUAGCUUCCAAUUUUAAUUGAAUAAUUGAAUUCAAUAUGUAAAGUACGUCAAGGCAUGCGUUACUUUUAUUCAUCGAAUGAGCUACUGUCCAUUUUAGAGAAACAUCUGAUCUCUAAAGUUUAAUUAACGGUAUAAGAAAAUGGUCCUAUAUUUUUCUUUUUUAACUUCCAUUUGUAUUAAAAAAUUUUGAUUUUACACUGGCGCUUUUAGACAUAAAUUUGAGAUACCGUAAUUUUUAUAACUAACUACAUAAUGUAAACAGUACAGUGACAUAACUUAUGAUUUAAAAAAUAAGUUGAAAAGUAAAAAUUAUUUAGCAAUGCUUUGUUACAAUGAUUACUAUCACGGUUCUCGUAAUUAAGUUCGUAUUUGCUAUGUAUCUUAUAUUAUAAAACAUUUAGUUUGAUAUUAAUGAAAAAAAAAGAACAAUAAGAUGAGGAAAAUUUUAAGAUUUAAAUAAGGAUUCGAAAAAGUACUAAAUCGAUUGUCAACUAUUAUCGAUACAAAAUUUGAGACACGGACAUUACCUCGUUCGACGUCGACUGACCCAGAAAACUAUAAACACUUGCAUGUAAUUUGCAAGACAAUGAAUGUGACUGAAGUACGCGACUAUGUAGCCGAAACAGACAACACUACGCAACUCGCUACUCCUCUCUUUACUACGCUAAGUAGAAACAUGACCAAUUUAACUUUUUUACUGUAAAUACGUAUCUAGUAAUUUUGCAGGCCAUUCUAUACAGAGUGCCCUCGAAUUGAUUACGUGAUAAAAAGGAAAAUGUAAUACUUUUUAUAUAUAAUACACAUAUAUAUAAAAUUAUCUGAAGGAUUUUCAAAAAAUUCAAAAGUCGAUUCGAUUAUCUCGUAAGGUCCUGUAACUUAAAGAAGAUAAAUAAAAAAUACUGCUGCUCUUUUAUAUAAAUUUUGAGUAAAAAAAUUUAAACAUACUUUGACGGUUUGUAAACAUUGCUCGUUUUGUAUUUGAUUAUAUUUAUUAAAUUGAGACAAUAUAAUUUUUUUUUUCAUUUUGAUGAUUGCUUUUUGACUAUAAAUUAAUAUAGAAAUUAUAAAUUACCUAAAUUCUAAAUCGCUGUAGAUAUCGUGAAUGGACUGUACAGCAAAUAAAGUUUUGGACAUUCUGUAUAAAAGGUCUGUGACUGUAUAAAAUGUAUUUAUUAUUUAGGUUCGACGAUACAAUACUAUGUAAUACAAAUGCUACUAUAUAUACUGCAUAUUUUUAGUUACCGACAUGUAAGAUCAUAACGAAAGAUAUGCUACAAAGAAAGUCACUCGUUGUAUAUUGCCUAGUUAAGAUUUUUUCUUUUUCUUGCAUUAUGAGCCAACGAGUUCUCAUUGUCACUUUGAAAUGACUUUCUGCUUACGCUUUUAUCAUUACAGUCAUUAAAUGCGCAUUAAAAUAAAACAUGCGUAUUAAUAUGAAUUUUCAUUUAUUGUUUAGAGAGCAUAAUUUUAUUUUUUGCGUAAAGCGAAAUCAUUGGAAAAGAGACGAUGAGAUAGAAACUAAAAUGUGAUGAUUUUGAGACGAUGUCAGUAAAUAAUACUACAAUGACUGCCGACUGCUACGCUACAACGUCAAAACGAUGAUGUUUUUAGAAACGAAGCAUGAAACCCAUCUCAUUUACCCUUAAAUUUGUUUUAAGUUCAACUAAUGUAAUAUUCAGCAAUAGAAUAUAUAUAUAUAUAUUAUGUAACAAUGCCAA